AUGGACCAUAGGGGCGACCAGCGGCCACCCCGCUCAGCUCGCCCAGGUCAGCCUGCCGCACAGUCUAGAUCACCUGCGCCGCCCUAUCCUGGCCAGCAGCCUCCAACGCGGCCCUCCAUACAACCUAGCGAGAGCGCAAAGGCUGGCGUCUCUUUCAGGGAUAUCGAGCAAGGCGACAGGCACGGCGCCCUCGAUGCCAACCGACAGCGGACAAUGCCCUCCGCAUACCAACCUCAUCUCACUGGUGGCGACGCAGAGUAUACGGAGCAAUUCGACCCGUCGCGCGUGUCAAGAAAGAAGAGUCUUGUCAGGCCAGACCGCGAGAAGAUAGAUCCCGGCCACAGGCAAUGGCACUAUCGAAGCCAUGUUGCUCAGCUCGAGGAGGAGGGGAACACCCGCGUAGGGGUUAUGCCGUCAUCUACUGGAAACUAUCCUCAGUUACGCCGAGGACGAUCAUUACUCGCAAGAGAAGAAGACGUCCACGAGUCGGGCCUCGCCCUGUUCAAGCGUGGCCACACAUUGCGGAGAAAACGUCAACCUUCCGUGUCAGCCCCGCCGCCCCCUACUGAAGUCAAGAAACAUCGAGGAUGUUGGAAUGGGCCUGGACCCAGUGGACCAUGGAUGAUUUACUGUCUCAUCCUUACGAUAUGGGUCCCUUCAUUUGUGCUCAGAUCCUGCGGCAUUCGGAGCCCUGAGCAGCAGCGUGCAUGGCGGGAAAAGAUGGGCCUAGUUGGCAUCAUCCUGAUACUCAUGGCUGGCGUCGGCUUUCUCACCUUCGGGUUCACCAUUAGUGUCUGUGGGAAGCCUCCCAAUCGCUUCCACGGUGGUGCUAUUGGCGAUCAGUUCAUCGGGAAUGGCUCAGUUGUGAUCCACGGAUAUGACUACAACUUCACCGAGUUCCGCCACCCCAGAACCUCUAGCGUGUUCAAUGGAACGACGAACCCUCUCUUCACCGGCGGCUGGAACCUUGCUGGUAACGACGCCUCGUUCUUGUUCCAGAAGGUCAACCAGAAUUGCCUCGGUUUGAUCACCAGAGCCUCUAGCUCCAGUAUCACGGGCAGUGGCAGCUUCCUCGACUGGUAUUUCCCCUGCAACAUCUUCAGUCAGUACGGAAACACGGGCGCCAACAUCACCAACUACGAAGCUUCGACGACUUGCCACACUUCAGCCAACGCUCGUGCUCAAUUGGAAACAGUUCAAAUCCUGGGACAGGUUUAUUAUACUUGGGACGAUGUCAAGAGUUCGAACCGUAAUCUCGCUGUCUAUGAAUCCUCCGUCCUGGAUCUCGAUCUUUUGGCAUGGCUUAGUCGAGCGCAGGUCAACUACCCCCCACUUUUCGAUGAGAUGAAGUCCCGCAAUGGGACGUACAACGGCAAGGACUUGACGAUGCUUUUCAUGAGGACGAAACAACAACAGCUCGGUCACUGUCUGCAAGAUAUUGUCGGCAUUGGUUUCAUCGACACCAACACCAUUGGUUGCGUCGCCUCAACCGUUGUGCUCUAUCUUUCUCUCAUUUUCAUUAUCGGAGUCGUCGCCAUCCGUUUCGUCAUGGCCGUCAUGUUCCAAUGGUUCUUCUCCUGGAAACUUGGAAACUUCCCUCGAGAGACAUACGAACAGCGCAUGCAACGCUCGCAAGAGAUUGAGAACUGGACGAACGACAUUUACCGCCCUGCGCCGAGCGAACUGCGCCCCAACGUCAACAAGCAUGGUCUCAGGACGGCAAAGGACCAGAAACGCAAGACAUUCCUGCCCAGUUACUCACGUUUCACGCCGGCGGAAAACCUGAAGGGUUCAGGAGCCCGGCCCACCACCGCAUACGGCGUGUUGGACUCCUCUUCGACAGCCAACUGGAAGCGAUCAACUAUGUACUCGGCUAAGGGUGGGAAGGGAACCCCACCGGAUUCUCCAAGCUACAGGCAGUCUCGAAGCACGAUGUCGUUGGCUGGAGAAACGCCUCGGAGUAAUUUUGUCGACAACCCUUGCCCAUUCCCUCUGCAUAACGUCGUCCCUCAACCACCGAUUGAUUAUGAACCCUUCAAUUUCCCACUGGCCCAUACCAUCUGUCUGGUCACGGCCUACUCCGAGUCUGUCGAAGGUCUUCGAACAACCCUCGAUUCACUCGCCACCACCGAUUAUCCGAACAGCCACAAGUUGAUAUUGGUGAUAGCUGACGGAAUGGUCAAGGGUGCUGGAAACGACCUGACCACACCGGAGAUUUGUCUGACGAUGAUGAAGGAGUUUGUCAUCGCUCCGCAGGACGUCGAACCCCAUUCUUAUGUCGCUAUCGCGGACGGUCACAAGCGGCACAACAUGGCCAAGGUCUACGCGGGCUUCUACGACUACGAUGAUGCCACCGUGGAACGCUCGAAGCAACAACGUGUUCCCAUCGUCUUGGUGGCGAAGUGCGGCAAUCCCCUCGAGGCGAACGACCCUAAGCCUGGCAAUCGUGGUAAGCGAGACAGUCAAAUCGUCCUCAUGGCUUUCCUGCAGAAAGUUAUGUUUGAUGAGCGAAUGACGACAUUUGAGUACGAGUUCUUCAACUCUAUCUGGCGUGCCACGGGAGUAAGCCCGGAUCGAUACGAGCUUGUGCUCUGUGUGGAUGCAGAUACGAAGGUGUUCCCAGAUUCGUUGACGCGGAUGGUUAGCUGUAUGGUUCAUGACGAGGAGAUUAUGGGUCUUUGCGGAGAGACGAAGAUCGCAAAUAAGGCCGAGACUUUCGUGACGAUGAUGCAAGUCUUUGAGUAUUACAUUUCUCACCACAUGACGAAGGCGUUCGAAUCUAUGUUCGGUGGUGUAACUUGCUUGCCCGGCUGUUUCAGUAUGUAUCGCAUAAAGGCUCCCAAGGGCGACACCGGAUACUGGGUUCCCAUUCUGGCCAACCCAGACAUCGUCGAACAUUAUUCGGAGAAUGUCGUCGAUACGCUGCACAAGAAGAACCUGCUGUUACUCGGAGAAGAUCGCUACCUUACAACACUCAUGUUGAAGACCUUCCCCAAACGCAAGAACAUGUUCUGUCCUCAAGCCGUUUGCAAGACUGUCGUUCCGGAUACCUUCCGCGUGCUGCUUUCUCAACGUCGCCGGUGGAUCAAUUCCACUAUCCACAAUUUGGCCGAGCUGUUACUCGUUCGCGACCUUUGCGGAACCUUCUGUUUCUCAAUGCAGUUCGUUGUCGGUAUGGAGUUGGCGGGUACCUUGGUCUUGCCAGCCGCCAUUGCCUUCACCAUAUACCUCAUCGUCGUCUCCAUUAUACCCGGUGGUCCCGAUACUACCAUUCCUCUCAUCCUUUUGGCCAUCGUCCUCGGUCUUCCUGGUAUUCUGAUUGUUGUUACGUCUCGAAAGGUUGCCUACAUCGGAUGGAUGUUGGUUUAUCUCAUUUCGCUCCCCAUCUGGAACGGGAUCUUGCCCGCGUAUGCUUUCUGGCACUUUGACGAUUUCUCAUGGGGUCAGACCCGUGUCGUUGCCGGUGACAAAGGCGGAGAUCACGGUGACAAGGAUGGAGAGUUCGAUUCAUCGCAUAUCGUCAUGAAGCGUUGGGCUGAGUUCGAGCGUGACCGGCGGUGGAAGAGCGGUACCCAGUCGAGGGACUCUGCUUACUAUGAGAAGAAGACCGACAGUAAUCGCUACUCAACGGCGUCGAACUCUGAUCUUACCCAUCAGCAGGCCGCCUUCGACUCUAGUACGGUGGAUUCGACAGCGUAUAGCAGCCCUCGUCAGAGACAUGACAGCAAUGCGCUCCUCAUGCUUCCAGCCCCUCUGUCUGUCAACAGACCGUUAAUGUCGUCUUCGUCGUUGUCGCGAUCAAGCGAGGACAAUUACACCUUGGAUGCAGCUUCUGGUUCUAACCAACGACUGGUUCCAAGCCCCCAGACAGCCGAUACAUAUAGUGAAAGUACUGUUGAGUCGGCAUCCACGGCACACCGUCUUCUUUCACCGACGUCGCCCUAUGACGCGCGCUUUUCCCGACAGCAAGCAGGCAGCCCCCAGACGCAGGACCCUCAAAACCCAUUCCGUUCACAGACACAGUCUCCUACGAGCUACGACGAGCAGACUCCUUUCAACCCCAACUCAGAAUACGAUAGUGGUGCGAGAGGGGUUCGUCUAACAGACAGUGGCCCAGUCCCUGGACCAGAUGGCGUCCGUCGAGUGUCCAGACCCACCGGAAGACGUCCUACUUCACAAGCGCCUCCUCAAAACCGUUACUCGCGAAAUUCUGCAGCUUUCUCCCUACCGCCUGGUGCCGCCCCGCCGCAGCCCACUUACGGCAACAAUGUAUGA